UAUCUAGUGCUCGGGGGCGGCCGCCAUUUUGUUUCUGUGCGGAGGGCGGAGACGGGUUUCGCUCAGCUCCUCGCCUGCCGUAAGUGACGAAGGUGACCUUCCCCCCCAUCCCGAUCCCUUGUCAGGGGCCGGGGGAGGCCGACGUCGUGGUGGACUCGAGCCGGCGGAGCUCGACGCUGGUCACUUAUCGCCUCAGCCAGGGCCGGGGGCUGCCCGAGGGCGAAAAAAGAUUUUUGUACAUAUCCAAGUCUUAAGAAGUCAGGAAAAAGAAAAAACACAGAGCAUUUAUAUAAAACAAAUGCGACAUUCAAAACGAAGUCAUUGCUCUGAGUGGGAUGAUAGAAAGAGCUGGGAUCAAGGAAAGCACAGUGCUCCCCAUAAACGCAAAAAGAGGUCCCACAGCAGUGUACAAGAAAGCAAACCCUAUAAAUCACAUCAUCUUGAAGUUUCAGACAGAUCCAUAAAUGAGAGAGAUCAUCAUGACCGGAGAUAUGUUGAGGAAUACAGAAAUGACUUCUGUGAAGUAUAUGACCACAGGCAUUAUCACAGAGACGAUGAAAAGAGUCACCAUCACCACUAUAGCAAAUCCUCUGGUCGGAGCAGGAAAAGUAGUCAUAAAAGGAAGCAUAAGAGACAUCAUUGCUCCAGUCACCAUUCACAUUCGAAGAGUCACCGAAGGAAAGGAUCCAGGAGUGUAGAGGAUGAUGAGGAGGGUCACCUGGUCUGUGAAAGUGGAGACGUACUAAGAGCAAGAUAUGAAAUUAUUGCCACAUUAGGGGAAGGGGCAUUUGGAAAAGUAGUGGAAUGCAUUGAUCACAAUAUGAGAGGAAUGCAUGUAGCAGUUAAAAUUGUGAAAAAUGUUAGUAGAUACCGUGAAGCAGCCCGUUCAGAAAUACAGGUAUUGGAGUAUUUAAACACCAUGGAUCCCAGCAGCACGUUCCGCUGUGUCCAGAUGCUGGAAUGGUUUGAUCAUCAUGGUCAUGUUUGCAUUGUGUUUGAGCUGCUGGGACUUAGUACCUAUGACUUUAUUAAAGAAAACAGCUUUUUGCCAUUUCGUAUUGGUGACAUUAGACAGAUGGCAUAUCAGAUUUGCCAGUCUAUAAAUUUUUUACAUCACAAUAAGUUGACUCAUACAGAUCUGAAGCCUGAAAAUAUUUUGUUUGUGGAGUCUGACUAUGUAGUAAAGUACAACUCUAAAAUGGUAAAUUUACAUCUUUUAUUUCAAUUCCCAUUGGACUGUCCUUACCACCACCUUUUAUUUUGGUCUUUUAAAAAUUAACUUGCCAUGUGUAAAAGUUAUAGUGAUAAAUAAGGUUGUCUUUCCUAGCUUCCAUAUGCUCACUGAGAUGUGCGGUCUUUCCUCUUAACAGACAAGAUUUUAACCAAACAAUCUCUAAAAUGGCAGAACAGUAUCCUCUGAUAGUUCACACAUGGCAAUGUUGCUUAUUGAGGUUCUGGGGGUUCAUAGAGAACUUUUGAGCUAAGAAUUGUGAGUUGAACUUAUGUUUUUCCUGGCAACAGAAGUCCAGCAUGGAGAUACGGUUUCACUGUCUUUUUAAGAAGUAGUUGUUAGGUCCUUGCUCAAGAAAACUUAAUAUUGAGUAUUGUGCCAGUUUUGCCCUGCAUCUAAUCUCCCAUUUUCAGGGAAUCUUUUUAGAAAGUUGUAGAGACACUAGUGAUGAUGCCUCAGAUUUACUUGACCUCUAUCAAUUUGGUUAUGAUGUGGAGAACAGUUUGGUGGUGAUGGUCAAUAUUCUGGCAGUUGACAAGGACAAGCGUCCAUGCUGUUUUUUCUGUAUCUGUCACGUGGUGGUAUGCCAAUGGGCCCUGACCAGGAAUGGAAAGGGUUGCUUUCCAUUCUUUUCUGAGAGAGACCCAGAGCGUAGCAUUAGGGUAACUGCUUGUCUGCCUAAUAGUUUUGCCAUGUAAUAUAACAGUGUUCUGUUAUGUUGCCCCUCCUUUUUUAAUGUGCACAAGCUGCUUGUGGAAAUAGUGAGGUAAUUUGGGCUUUGCUGCCCUCGGUUUGUGGAUGAGAUCCAGUUCUGUUUCAGUUUGUUUAGAUCUACAGUGGGUUAAGUUACUGUCUCUAUCAGCUUGUACCAAAGAUUUUGGGCAUGGAUAAGGAUCUUCCUGGAUAAGAGAGGUGUAACAUUAAGGAUAACAAACAGAAGAAAGGGCAGAAGUACAGUAAUAUGUGCCUUCUCUAUUGAGUUUGCAUUUUGUCACUAAGGUUUGCAAUUUCUGUCAAUUUUGCAAUUUUGGAUCCUCUAUAUUUGAAUGUUCAGAUAACGUAAUGAGUAAGAGGGCUUUUUUACUUGCAUUUUAGCAAGAAGGUUUUGUAAUUUUAUUUUGGAUGUAGAUUUUGCCACAGCUAUCCAUGCCUUGUGUUAUAUCCAGAUUGACUUGCUGUUAUGCACUAUACAGAAUGUGGCUGCCCACUUAGUCAGCAGAGCUUCUCCCAGAAAGCAUAUUAUCUGUGAUUCAAAGAUUGCACUGGCUUCCAGUUAAGUUAGAGUUAAUCUCAAAUUGUUGAUCUAUAAAACCCUCUGUGGUUUGGGUCAUACAUUCUUUAGAAACCACUUUAUGCCUCAUAAGAA